UGUUCAAUCUGCCGGUAAGCAGUCCAUUUCAUCCGCCACAUAUGCCCUAAUUACAACUGUGUAGCGAACGUCGGCGGAAAUGCGACAUUCCAGCUCCUGGUCACUCUUGUACAUAUUGUUCUGCCCGAAGCCUUGUAUGUACCCGAAAGUCUACUUCGGUGACUAAAACUGGGACAUCAACACCAGAACAAAUAAGCCAUGCAGCCCCAAACAGUACCGACCAAUGCACCUUACCUGAUCAAUCUCUCUGCGCCGAGCUAGUGCAACUCUAUUUCGAGUAUGUGCAUGAUAAGUUUCAUUCGCUUUUCCAUCGGCCAAGUUUGAUGGAGGAUCUGCAUAAUGGCCAGGCGCCUGAUAUUUUGUUGUAUGGGAUGCUUGCAUUGUCUGCACGGUUCUCGGAACACCCUUCAUUUGCGGAAAUAGACCCUCGAGAAAGAGGGAAGGUUUAUGCCAAACGGUGUGAACAAUUGCUGGACUUGAACGACGUCUCUUUGACAACAAUCCAAGUAUGUGUCUUGCUAGGUGCCAUUGCUGUCGUAGAUGGUAAACCGGCCUCGGAAACCAUUUAUUACGCAGUUGCAUGCCGCAUCGCGCAGCUGCUCGAUCUUCCGAAUUGCCCUGCUUCAAACCGCGUAGAGCAGGAAGUUUACACGAGAGUUUGGUGGACGUUAUGCAUGAUAGACGUUUGGUCUUCAACCGGAGUCCGACUCCCUCGCCUGAUGAUCCCACAACCCAACAUACCUUUACCAAUGAAUGAAGCCACAUUUCUACACAUGACCAGGCAUCAGGGAUUUGCCAUCAAAGUUGAAGAAGAUCGCUCGUCAUCAUUACUAGCACAAAUGGUCCGGCUCAACCGUAUUUUAGCUCAAAUCAACGAUUUCAACAUUCAAGCCGCCGAGAGCAAGAUCGAAACACCGGACGCCAUCUCUACCAUUGAGACCCUCUCCUCAAGGCUUGAUGAAUGGAUUACCCUUCUACCGAGCGAUAUGCAAGACACACGCGAGAACCUCCUACACUACGCAUCCCAAGGACUCGGCCAACUCUUCGUCACUUUAUACCUAGGCUACUAUCACUACGGUCAGAUGCUUUUCUACCGCUUUCUACACGAAGACUCGCGAUCUUUCUCGCCACGCACACACUUCUACGCAAAUCAAUGCAAAGACCACGCCGUUAAGUUAUGUGAAAUGAUAUACAGUUCGGAGGAUGUACCCGGCUGCGCUGUGCUAUAUAACAUGGUCGGCCACGUGCUUGUGAUAGCUUCGACGGUACAAAUCCACACUCUGCUUUUCGAGGUCGACAACGAAAGUAUCACUCUUGCAAGGGGAAAACUCGAGAGAAACUUUUGUAUUCUUACGCGACUUCGGAAAUUAUGGCCUACGCUUGAUGUUUGCAUGGAGCGGUUACAGGCUUUUCAUCGUGCUUGCAGGCGUUCGGUUGAUACGAGCUUUUGUAUGGAUGAGUGGAUGGUUAGAUUCUUGGUUGAGUUUGCGAAUCCGAUUAGUGAUAAAGAUGGAAGUGCAGGUGGAAUUGAGGAGAGACCUUGGGGAUUGGAGGAGAUGGGAAUUUCGUGACUAGGAG